AACAGUGACAGAAGGAGGCAGAAGAGCUGCGCUUUGUUUUUGUUUACAUCGCAGAAACCGAUGCUACUGACGCAGUUGGAUCGACAGCGGCCGUUUGUCUUUCUGUCACCUGGAAGCUGAACAUACCUGUGAAGCCUGUCUCUCCUCCUCGGUUCUAAUUGGGUGGAAAAUAAAGCUACAGUUGGGAGCUUUUUAGCACCGCCGCUAUGGCUCAGCAGAGAGGAGUCAACAGCCUGCAGUUCAACCAGGAUCAAAGCUGUUUCUGCUGCGCAAUGGAGACUGGAGUCAAAAUCUACAACGUAGAGCCGCUGAUGGAGAAGGGUCACCUUGAUCAUGAGCAGGUAGGCAGUGUAGCUCUGUGCUCCAUGCUGCAUCGCUCCAACCUGCUGGCCUUGGUUGGAGGUGGAGUGAAUCCUAAAUUCUCAGAAAUAUCCGUUCUGAUCUGGGAUGAUGCUCGAGAAUCCCGGGACUCCAAAGAUAAGCUGGUGCUUGAGUUCACCUUCACCAAACCUGUUCUAGCCGUCCGCAUGAGACACGACAAGAUCAUCAUUGUGUUGAAGAACAAGAUCUUUGUGUACAGUUUUCCAAACAACCCUGUCAAGCUUUUUGAAUUUGACACCAGAGAUAACCCCAAAGGUAUCUGUGAUCUAUGUCCCAGUCUGGAGAAACAGCUGCUGGUAUUUCCUGGUCAUAAAUGUGGAAGCCUCCAGCUGGUUGACUUGUCCAACACCAAACCCGGCACAUCAUCAGCACCGUUUACCAUCAACGCCCACCAGAGUGAGAUCGCCUGCGUGGCCUUGAACCAGCCGGGCAGUGUUGCAGCUUCGGCAUCCCGCAAAGGAACCCUCAUCCGUCUGUUCGAUACCACAACCAGAGACAAACUGGUUGAGCUGCGCAGAGGGACUGACCCAGCCACCAUCUACUGCAUCAACUUCAGCCACGACUCGUCCUUCCUGUGUGCGUCCAGCGACAAAGGCACCGUCCACAUCUUCGCUCUGAAGGACACCAAACUCAACAGGCGCUCAGCUCUGGCUCGUGUCGGGAAGGUGGGCCCUGUUAUUGGUCAGUAUGUGGAUAGCCAGUGGUCCCUGGCCAGCUUCACAGUGCCUGCUGAGUGUGCCUGCAUCUGUGCUUUUGGGAAAAACACAUCCAAGAAUGUGAACUCAGUCAUUGGUGAGGAAACUUUCCUAACUCCAUUCCAAAAAAGUUAAAAAACAAUCCACUGGACUUUUUUCCCCCAAGUUUUAAGAUGUUUC